UUUAUCCCAUUCAUGUCGCUGACCUUUCUUUCUCAUCCCUCUCUGCCCAUUUCCUUGGUUUAAUUUUGCAAAACCAAAGACUCAUCAUGUUGCCUUCUCUUUCGACCUUCGUAUAAAGAUCCACAAGCACUACCUACUUUUUCCUUCACUUACUACUCAUCACUCUUCUCAGUAUUGAUCCCAGUACUACUUGAAUCUAUCUGAACUACUCUGAAGUAGUCGAAAUGGGUCGGUCACCGUGCUGUGACAAAGUCGGGUUAAAGAAAGGUCCUUGGACUCCAGAAGAAGACCAGAAGCUCUUGGCUUAUAUUGAAGAACAUGGCCAUGGAAGCUGGAGAGCCCUCCCAAUCAAAGCUGGGCUUCAGAGAUGUGGAAAGAGCUGUAGACUGAGAUGGACUAACUAUCUGAGACCAGAUAUCAAGAGGGGAAAAUUCAGUUUGCAAGAAGAACAGACUAUUAUUCAACUCCAUGCCCUCUUAGGCAACAGGUGGUCGGCGAUAGCAACUCACUUGCCGAAGAGAACAGACAAUGAGAUAAAGAACUACUGGAACACACAUCUCAAGAAGCGCUUAGCCAAAAUGGGAAUCGAUCCGGUCACCCACAAGCCGAAAAACGACGCCCUCCUCUCCGCUCACGACGGUCAGUCCAAGAAUGCCGCCAACCUCAGCCACAUGGCUCAGUGGGAAAGCGCCAGGCUCGAAGCCGAAGCCCGGCUCGUUAGGGAAUCCAAGCUCCGUUCACACAACUCCCUCAUCAAUCAGCUCGCGGCCGCAGCUGCUGCUUCAACUUCUUCCUCAUCAGCUCACCAGUUGCUUCUCAUGAAGGGUCAGAGUCUUGAUUCUCCAACAUCUACACUCACUACUUACAACUCUGAGAAUGUGGCACAAGGGAUUAUGCCAUCGUCGUCUAUGAUUGAGUUUGUGGGUUGUUCUGGUGCUUCUUCAGGCGAUCAUCACGAUCAGACGGCUGCAAUUAAUGCCAAAGAAGAAGGGGACGUACAAGUACAAGACUGGAAACUCGGGUUUGGGAACAUGCCGUCAUCAUCAACUCAUUUUGGUCUUCAUGACAAUGUCGCAUGGACUAGUUCUAAUGAACAAGUUCAUCAUGAUCGGGGAAUUGGCGGCGUCGAUGAGAUAGCGGAUCAAGAAGGGUUUACCAACCUAUUGCUCAAUAACUCCGUUGAUCGUGAUCAGAGUAUGUCGGACGGCGGCGCCGGUUGUGAUUCGGAAAACGGUGGUAGUGCCGGGAGUGACUAUUAUGAAGAUAACAAGAAUUACUGGAAUAGUAUUCUCAAUUUGGUGAAUUCUUCUCCCUCUCAUGAUGACUCUCCAAUCUUCUAAGAGAAGUGUGUUUGUCUUGAUUAGUAGAAGUUUGAGUUUUCUUGGUAUAGGAUUAAUGCGCGGUAUUGCCAGAGCAGAUUUUGGUUGCUUA